AUGGCUAGAGGUAACCAGAGAGACUUAGCAAGACAGAAAAACUUGAAAAAACAACAAGAGGCAAACAAGGGCAGCAAGAAGGAAGGUGACCCCAAGAAGAGGAUGGAGAGCGAUGCGGAAAUCUUAAGACAGAAACAGGCUGCCGCGAACGCUAGGAAGGAGGCAGAACUUUUGGAGAAAUUGAAACUGGAAAAGAGUAGGCGUUGA